UCCCCCCUUGUAUGCCUCCUCACCCCCUGUUCUACCUUCUUCAGAGCUUGAUGUCACCCAAAAUAACCAAUCAUGAGCCUUGGACAUCCCAGUUUUUCAUCCCUUGCUCCUCCCAUUCCUUUGCUCCUUUAUAUAUCUGCGUGACUACUAUCUGCAGAGUGUACAAUGUGCUGUCGAAGAGCCAGCACGCUGCGUGUAGAGAAACAGCCUCAGACGGAAGGAGAGAGGGAGAAAGUGCCAGAGCUGACUACAAUUAGGAUCACACUGACCGAGGGUGAUCCGGACGGCAUCCGCCAGCCCACACAGCUAGGAUGGGCUGUACAACGGGCCACUUUGCUUGCCAACCACAGCCCCAGACCGACUCCGGCCAGGAGAGUCAGUCCUUGGAGGCUGGAGGUGCCAAAGUACCUGAAGUACUCUCCUCUUUGGAGCGUUUGUCCCAAGCUACAGGAGGCAUGGAGAAGUCAUGGUACCGCUGCAUCUUUCCCUUUGGAAUAAUCUCUUUAGUUAUUGGGGUUGCAGGAACAGGGGUGACCUACACUUACAACGACCUGCCACAGACUAAAGUGGUAUCGGUGGUGCUGCUUGUUAUGGGCUUGUUGCUAUUGUUGAUGGCAACUGCUUGUUGGACUGUCCACAAGAAGAAAAGACGGAAAAAGAACGAGGGGGGCUCGUUCACUUCUGAGCAGUGUCCCCUUUGAAGAACGUAGAAAAAAAAAUGACGUGAACUCAACCACAGAGGUCCUGUUAAAAAUGCCUCCACUUCACUUAAACCCAGUGCCAGAUUCUACGAAGUCAUGAAGUCAGAAAAAGUUGAAAAAAAAAAAAAAAGACAGAAAUGUCUGGACCAGAUUUUUGGAUUGGAAAAGGGGAAUAGGCGACGUCUCACACAUGCUUAUCGACAGACGGCAGGUGUUUGAUUUCAAAACAAUCUCUGAGGAGACACACAGAAAUAUGCAUUGCACACUUGUUGCAUAUUUACAUGCAUGGAUUGGCCCUUGCAGUCCGACAGUGGAAUCUUGCACAGACACCUAACACGCUAUGCAGAGCUGCUGUUGGAGUCAAUGCUGGCGUCACUAGACACGUCAGUCACAGCAUUCCUCUCACCAGGACAGGUGACUCUCCAAGAGGCCAGAAGUGGGCCAAAGACGGCAACCCGAUACCCGGCCGAAAGAGCAGCUCGCCCGCGUCAGCGCCCAACGUCAUUCACUUGUCCUGUGACACUGCAGCAAUGUGUUGGGGGCUUUUUUUACGCUCGGGGAGAGUGGAACUUGAAUCCAGCAGGAUCUUACUGGCAUCUGUGUGGAUGAUGAGCUGGGGAGGACAGAGGACCUGCUGGGGACGUGCGAGGUGUUUUUCUGUGCUCUGCUCAAAGUUUUGAGUAAACGGAGAGUUUUUCUCUUGGACGCAAAUGCUGAGGAACGAAAUCUUUGCACAUACGGACAAGCAAGAAAAACCUUUUAGCGAUGCUGACUACUUUGAAAGGUCUUUUGUAGCUUUGGCUCCACGUUACAAAAAGUGUGGGCCGCUGACUUUCUGAUCGACUGAUUGCCUUCCUGUCAAUGUGUGAGCAUUUACACUCAGCCGUCCGUCUGUGUGGGGGGCCUCAACUCCACACAGGGAAGGCCAGAAUUAUUGAAGGACACUGCCUGAGGGGACAUGCCACCGCAGGGACACUUUGACUGGUCCUGCUUCUUUGUGGCCCCUCCCGCUCGGUGCCUUGAGCAAGUGCUCAUGGAAAAAAGCUCUGUCACAUUCCCCAGUUUCCAUCUGAACUUCUGAGAAUUUACCCCCUGCUCCUUCUCUCUUCACCCAACAAAGAUCUCCACAUCUGUCCUGUUCAUAUCAUUCUACAUACCCCAAAAUCUAACUGGAUCACUCUCAUUUAGAUGUGAUAUUGCGGAGGAUGAGUGCCUAUAGCCCUGUCUGAUUCUCAAGUUGAGACUAAUUUGAUUGUGAGCUCCCUCGCCUUCAGCCAUCUAAAUGGUUCUGAAUCCUCUUAGCCAAAGAAAUCUUAUCAUUUUCUCUCUGAAAGGGAAAAGAAUAUAUUGGCUUAAAGUCAGCAGCAGAAAAUCCCUUUGCCUGUCUGAAAGCAGAGUUAAACGUCAUAUUCUAGUGAAUACUGAAUCGUGUUCAGACUGUAUGCUGGGGCUCCCCAUUUCUACACAUUUUCUUUCUCAGAUCAAAUUAAUGUGCUGGAUGAAAUCUGUGAAUAGCGGCUUUCUGUCGGUGUGUACUCUCGCUGGAUAGACACACAAUGUUGUUUUAUUCUUGUCUAAAACAUUUUCUGUCACUGGAUGUAACAGUGAUGGAAGUAUAAUGAAGUGAAAGUUGGGCAGGUAAAAGGAGUAUACAAAGUCUGCACAUUAAUGAUUUGGUUAGCAAUCCUUCAGAGCAAUCAUUGAUCACUGUUGCACUGAGCACUAAUCAUUACCUUCAACUUAAAAGAUGCUUGCUGAGGAGAAUGUGUUCAUACACACUGGUGCAGCAGUUAAGACACGAUGCCAAAGACCAUCUGGAGGGCCUGCAUACUGGUUACAAGACUGCCUUUUCCUGUCUCUCUUCACAGACAUUCAGAGGCUCCGUUUUUUUCAUGUUAUGCACCUGAUUGGGAUUUAGAUACUGGCUGCCAGCUGGACUCUGUUAGUUUCAACUGGAGAACUGAAGGGGAAAUAAUGAGUUUGUAGUCUUCUCUUUGAAUUUUUUUGUGAGUGCAGUUGCCCCUACAGUUAGAUUAUGAUCAGCCAUCCUGAACAGAGCGUAAUAAUUACCGGGGAAUGUGAUACAUUACUGGAGGCAGCAGAGAAAAUGUCUGCGGAAAAAGGAGCCGAGUAAAUCCCCUCAGAGCCUUUAAGCUCUGACAGAAACGAGAGAAAACAGAUCAGUCAGUGGUUCCAAAAAUGCCUACUAUAACUUGCAUCACCCGCUAAUGCCUUACUAUGUAAACGUUGGACGGUGCUAGUGGGCCAUAUUCAAGUGGGAGGCCCUAAAAAUGAAUUCUAUUCAAUGAUAGCGUUUGGCAUUGCUAUUUUUCUGUCAGAUAUCCUCAGAGUUAUUCAGUUGGGGAUGUAGAUUUCCAGCAGCUUCAGCACAAAUUUAGUUUUUACCACAAGUGUAGUGUUUCAAAAGUUUAACAAAAAAGACUUUAAUGAAAAUAAUCCCUUUCCUUUUGUUGGUGUUCUUUAUUCAGUCAGAGAAAGAAAAAGAAAGCAAAAGUGGAGAUAGAUCAUUUCAUAAGUUCAAGACCCCCCCAAAAAAGAGAAAAUAAAUACAAGAAGACAAGUGAGGUACCUGCUCAUAUGUUUAUGCCUUGGCUUGUGUAUUAAAGCAGUUUUUUAACUGUAUUGCACAUUGACAAUGUUUUAUUUGUAUAGCUAUGAUUGCAAAUUUGUGAGCUAUAUUGUGCCAGUAAAAAUUGAUGGACGGUGACCAGAUAUUAUUUGUUAGAGGUGUAAAGUGAUUUCCCUCUGCCUUCUGAAUUAUUAAGGGGAAAAGCUACCUCUCUCUGCUGCGGGGAUUUAUGUCCCUCUUUCGGAGGACAGCCACGCUGUCUGCCUUUGCUGUUUGUCACUCCAGCCAGUGACGCAAACAUGUAUGUUGAUGUGCCAUCCAAUAUUUGGUGCUGUAUAUACAACUUUUUUUUAUUUGUACUCUGUAUUUUUACUAAUAUGUCAAAUUUAACUCUUUAUGUAUGCACUGAAAAAAUAAAUGUCACGUGA